AAAGAUAUCCCACCUCUUGAAUUUCCUAAAUCCUCUGAGGACUUAAUGGUGCCCAAUGAGCAUAUAAUGAAUGUUAUAGCCAUAUACGAGGUCCUGCGGAACUUUGGCACUGUUUUACGCUUAUCUCCUUUUCGUUUUGAGGACUUCUGUGCUGCUCUCGUAAGUCAAGAACAAUGCACGCUUAUGGCAGAGAUGCAUGUAGUACUUUUGAAAGCAGUUUUACGUGAAGAAGACACUUCAAAUACUACUUUUGGACCUGCUGACCUGAAAGAUAGUGUUAAUUCCACCCUAUAUUUCAUAGACGGAAUGACAUGGCCAGAGGUUCUGCGGGUGUAUUGUGAGAGUGACAAGGAAUACCAUCAUGUUCUUCCUUAUCAAGAAACAGAGGACUAUCCUUAUGGACCAGUACAAAAUAAAAUCAAAGUUCUGCAGUUUUUAGUGGAUCAGUUUCUUACAACGAACAUUGCUCGUGAAGAAUUGAUGUCUGAAGGAGUGAUACAAUACGAUGACCACUGUAGGGUUUGUCAUAAACUUGGGGAUUUGCUUUGCUGUGAAACUUGCUCAGCUGUAUACCAUUUAGAGUGUGUGAAACCACCUCUUGAGGAGGUACCAGAGGACGAAUGGCAGUGUGAAGUCUGUGUGGCACACAAGGUACCUGGUGUAACUGACUGUGUUGCUGAAAUCCAAAAAAAUAAACCAUAUAUUCGACAUGAACCUAUUGGAUAUGACAGAAGUAGAAGGAAAUACUGGUUCUUAAACAGAAGACUCAUUAUAGAGGAAGAUUCAGAAAAUGAAAAGGACAAGAAACUUUGGUACUAUAGCACAAAGGUCCAGUUGGCAGAAUUAAUUGAAUGUCUAGACAAAGAUUACUGGGAAACUGAGCUUUGUAAAACUCUAGAAGAAAUGCGUGAAGAAAUUCAUCGGCAUAUGGAUAUAACUGAAGACCUGACUAAUAAAGCACGUGGAAGUAACAAAUCAUUCCUUGCUGCUGCAAAUGAUGAAAUUUUGGAAGCUACCAAAUCCAAAAAAGGAAGUGACAUUGAAGAUGCUAAAAGUCCAGUUCCAGAAGAAACAGACAAGGACAAAAAUGAAUCUGAAAAUAACAGCCAAAAAGAUUCUGAGAAAAGCAAAGAAGAGCUUUCAGAUCAACCCCAGGAAAAAAAUAAAGAAGAAAAAACAUGUGGUGGUGAUUCUGAAAAAGGAAAACCAGAGGAACCAAAAGAUGUUGGGGAUAAAGGUAACACUGGCGACAACACAACAAAUACUUCUUCAGGAGAGACUAGUCCCCCUGAAGGGAAGAGCACAGUGAGGUCCUCCUCAGAAACCCAUGAUAGCAACAACAUGGCAGAGAAGAAGGUGGCUCCUGAGCUACCCCAGGAUGUACCAGAAGAAUCUACCAAGUUGAAUGAUGGCAAUAAUACUGCUACUCUCCCCAACCCGCCUUAUCCAGAAAACAGCAACAGCAGUAGUGAACUAAAUUCUUCUCAGAGUGAAUCUUUUACUAAAACAUCUGAAGAUCCUGAAAAUGGAGAAAGAGAAUCUCAUACACCUGUAUCUGUUCAAGAAGAAAUAGAUUUCAAAUCAGAGAAAUCUAAUGGGGAAAGAAGUGAUUCUCCUGGAACAGGGAAAGGUACACCUGGCUCAACCCGGAUGGUUACAAGAUUACGAAAUCCAGACAGCAAGCUGAGUCAACUAAAGAGCCAGCAGGUUGCUGCAGCAGCACAUGAAGCAAAUAAAUUAUUUAAGGAAGGCAGAGAGGUCCUGGUAGUUAACUCUCAAGGAGAAAUUUCACGAUUGAGCACUAAGAAGGAGAUAAUUAUGAAAGGAAAUAUCAACAACUUUUUCAAGCUAGGUCAAGAGGGAAAAUACCGCGUCUAUCACAAUCAGUAUACUACCAAUUCUUUUGCACUGAACAAACAUCAGCACAGAGAAGACCAUGAUAAGAGAAGGCAUCUUUCGCAUAAAUUUUGCUUGACUCCAGCAGGAGAGUUCAAAUGGAAUGGUUCUGUACAUGGGUCCAAAGUACUUACUAUAUCCACCCUGAGGUUAACCAUCAUCCAACUGGAAAACAACAUCCCAGCACCAUUUCUGCAUCCUAAUUGGGCCUCUCACAGGUCAAAUUGGAUCAAAGCUGUUCAGAUGUGUAGCAAACCUAGAGAAUUUGCUUUGGCUUUGGCCAUUUUAGAAUGUGCCAUUAAACCAGUUGUCAUGCUGCCAAUCUGGCGGGAAUCUUUAGGACAUACCAGAUUACACAGAAUGACAUCAAUUGAAAGAGAAGAAAAGGAGAAAGUGAAAAAAAAAGAGAGAAAACAGGAGGAGGAAGAAACAAUGCAACAAGCCACAUGGGUGAAAUAUACAUUUCCAAUCAAGCAUCAGGUUUGGAAACAAAAAGGAGAAGAGUAUAGAGUAACAGGCUAUGGUGGUUGGAGUUGGAUUAGUAAAACACACAUUCAUAGGUUUGUCCCUAAAUUGCCUGGAAAUACUAAUGUGAAUUACAGAAAAAUAUUAGACACCAAAAAUCUUGACAUUGAUGAAAAUGAAUGUGAACUAGAUAAAAGAAAAAGUCUAACACGAAGUCCAUCAAAAAUAAAAUUAGAGACCAGCCCUCAGAAAAGCAAGGCAAGUGAUUCAGAAGUGCUACAAGAAAUAGACCAAACUGAAAUUAAAACUACAAAAAUUUCUGAGAAGAAAGACCAAACUAAGGAAGAAAGCACAAUGCUUAAAGAAAAACCUGAAGUUAAUAUGACAUCUUCAGAUGUGGUUGCUGCAAAAGGAAAAGAUGAGAAAGAAAUGCUUAAUUCUGAAAGUGAUAAGCCUAUCAAGGAAGAACCUAUGGAAAUAGAUGAAAUGAAUACAGAUUCAUCCAUAAGAUGUGAGGAAAAUUCUUUUAAGACAGAUGUAAUUAAUGUCAGUGAGGGUUUUCAUCUAAGGACUAGUUACAAAAAGAAAGUAAAAUCAUCCAAAUUAGAUGGACUUCUUGAAAGGAGAGUUAAGCAGUUUACUUUGGAAGAAAAACAGCGCCUAGAAAAAAUGAAGUUGGAAGGAAAGACCUCCAUGGGUCCUCUGAAAAGCAUGACUGAAUCACGUGUAUUAAUGAAAGCAAAAGAAGGGAACCAGGCCAACUUGGUUGACCAGGAGAAAACACAAGGUUCUAAUAAUAACAGAACAGAAGAUCUAAUUCAAGAAUGUUCACAAAAUAAUGAAAACUCUACUAAUAGGAUCAGUGACUCUCAUUCCACAAAAGGUCAGGUACUAGAUAAAAUCUCCAUUCAGGGUCCAGAACCAAACUUCCAGAAACAAAAUUCUGUUAUCAAGGAUGAAACUGUGAUUGCUGAUAGGUAUCAAGAGCAGGACAAGCUUAAAACAAAAGAACAUGAUACCCUCAAUAUGGAUGACCAGCCAGUCAGUCAAGAUGAAAAAAAUAUAUUGGCCACUAAAAAGGAAAAUAAUUUCCUAACAAUAAAUGCUGCAGUUUCUCUUCCUGAAAGUGUAUCAGAACCAGUGAUUUAUGAAAGUACCUGUGAUACAGAUGUUCCAGCUACCUCUGAAGCAAGAGGUUCAGAAGAAAAAUGUGGAAAACAAACAUGUGACUCUGAAAAUAAUAGCACUUUGGAAAAGAGCUCUGAAUCUGGAUUCACUCAGGAAAAUAAAGAGGAUGAUGUGUUUGUUCAGAACAGCCAUAAAAGUAAUUCAAAAUGCUCCAUAGGGAAUCAGGAACAAGUUCUUGAAGAUCAAAAAUUUGUUUCAGACAUGUCUUCUGAAAAGCAAGCUCUUGAACAUUUACCCAUAGAAAAAGCCAGGAGUGACAUGUUGUACUGUAAAAUAACUGAAGCUAAUGGUGAAAAACUAUGUCAGGAGCAGAAAUUAGAGAGCUCAGUGAAUAAAUGUCUUCAUCAAGUAAAUCUAAAGAACAUGACAGACAAAAAGAAUAGUGAAAAUGGAAAUACUGAAAAAAAAGGAGAAAAAGAAACAGCAACUACAUUUCAGAUUAAUGGAAAAGAUAAUGAAUUUAAGGUGUUUUCCAAAGAUGAAUACAUGAAAGACAUCUCUGAUAUUAAGAUUGGAACUGGUAGUGUUGAACCAAAGGUUAAUAGUAUUAAAACAAUUCCUGAGCAUGAGAUCAAACCAUUAAUUAAGGAAGCUCCUGUAAAGCCAUUCAUGAAUGGAGAUGUCAUCAUGGAAGAUUUCAAUGAAAAAAGUAACUUAAACACAAAAUCAUGUUUACUUAGUUCUUCAGAUAUUGAUGGUAAAUACCAGGGGAACAUAGAGAAUCUAACAUCAGUCAAAGGGUCCAAGAGUAUGCAACAUUUAGUUGAAAAACACUGUUCUAAUGAAAGAGCUGCUGCUGUUGAUAGUCCUUCCAUUGUACCUUCACCAUCAUGUAAAGAGAGUAGCUCACUUAAUCAAGUAGAAAAUAUGGAGGUUGAAUCCUCAGAAGUUAAAAAAGUUCCUCCAUCACCUAUUACAUCUGGUGAAGAAUCUAACCUAAGUAUUGACUUUAAUGAUCAAAAUGGUCUACCUACUAACAAAAUGGAAAAUGGAAAUGGAAAUGCUACAAGAAAAACGGUGAUCACAGAAGUUACUACAACAACAUCAACUGUGGCCACAGAAUCAAAAACUGUGUUUAAAGUGGCAGAAGUAUUGGCCUCCCAAGGUGAUGGACAAUCAGUGGUCUCCUCUACUGAAAACUGUGCAAUGUCCACUGUAACCACCACUACUACCACUGUGACAAAACUGAGCACACCCACCAAUGGAAGUAAUGCAGAUGUCAUCUCUGUGAAGGAGCACAGUAAAACUGUUGUUACAACAACAGUCACUGAUUCACUGACCACUCCAGGGGGCACAUUGGUAACGUCAAUGACUGUGAGCAAAGAGUAUUCUACAAAAGACAAAGUAAAGCUAAUGAAAUUUUCCAGACCUAAAAAAACUCGUUCUGGCACAGCUUUACCAUCCUAUAGGAAAUUUGUUACCAAGAGCAGCAAAAAGAGCAUAUUUGUUUUGCCUAACGAUGACUUGAAAAAGUUGGCCAGAAAAGGUGGCAUCCGAGAGGUACCUUGUUUUAAUUACAAUGCAAAACCUGCAUUGGAUAUAUGGCCAUAUCCAUCUCCAAGACCAACUUUUGGUAUCACAUGGAGAUAUAGACUUCAGACAGUAAAAUCAUUGGCUGGAGUAAGUCUUAUGUUGCGGUUACUCUGGGCAAGUUUAAGGUGGGAUGAUAUGGCAGCCAAAACUCCUCCUGGGGGAGGGACUACUCGAACAGAAACAUCUGAUACAGAAAUUACAACAACUGAGAUAAUUAAGAGGAGAGAUGUUGGUCCAUAUGGCAUUCGAUCAGAAUAUUGCAUCAGAAAAAUCAUCUGUCCUAUUGGUGUUCCAGAGGCUCCAAAGGAAACGCCUACACCUCAGAGGAAAGGGCUUCGAUCAAGUGCACUGAGGCCAAAGAGGCCAGAAACACCUAAGCAAACAGGUCCUGUUAUAAUUGAAACCUGGGUAGCAGAAGAAGAAUUGGAAUUGUGGGAAAUCCGAGCAUUUGCAGAAAGAGUGGAGAAGGAAAAGGCACAGGCAGUUGAACAACAGGCUAAGAAACGAUUGGAGCAGCAGAAACAGCUACCAGCCGUAAUUGCAGCCUCUACCACCACUACAACAAACAGUGCCACCAACACUGUCUCCACUCCACAGAAAGUCGUGGUAGCCCCUAUAAGUGGGCCAGUUACUACUGGAACUAAAGUAGUACUCACAGCUAAGGUUGGAUCUCCAGCCACAGUGACAUUCCAGCAGAACAAGAACUUCCAUCAGACAUUUGCUACCUGGGUUAAACAAGGCCAGUCAAGUUCAGGUCAAACUCAGCAAGUAGUAACCCAAAUCAUCAGGGGACAACCUGUUUCUACUGCAGUAUCUAGUCCUAAUGCAGCAUCUUCAGGUUCUGGACAAAAGGUAGUAACAUCAGGAGCUCCUGUUCCACAUAUACAACCUUCGUCCUCCACCCCACAACCUCCUCGGCCCCAGCAAGGACAAGUGAAACUUACGAUGGCUCAGCUUACUCAAUUAACACAGGGACAGGGUGGCAGUCAAGGUUUGACUGUUGUAAUUCAAGGACAGGGGCAAACUACUGGACAACUACAGCUGAUCCCUCAAGGAGUAACAGUAAUUCCAGGGCCAGGCCAACAGUUAAUGCAAGCUGCAAUGCCAAAUGGUACCAUUCAACGAUUUCUUUUCACCCCUUUGCCUACAACAGCUACAGCAGCCAGCACUACUACAACAAUUUCCACUUCAACAUCAGCUACAAGUGAGCAGAAACAAACGACACAAUCAGCUCAGACCCCGGCUCAGCCUAUCCAAGCCCUCCCAUCAGCUCAGCAACCAAGUCAGAGUCAGCCACAAGCCCAGCCUCAGACUGUUCAACCUUCAGCUCAGCCCCAGACCCCAACCCAGACUCAGCCCCAGUCCCCCAGCCAAACUCAGGCCCAGCCACAAGCCCAGCCUGAGGCUCAGACUCACACUGAAGUCCAAACCCAAUCAACAGCUUCACCCCCUGUCACUUCUGAAGCACAACCUGUCCCAGCACAUUCAAGUAAGACUCAAGUCACAAUACAAUGUCAGCCUCAGAACCAGGUCCAAGGGCAAUCUCCAGUUCGAGUCCAAAGCCCACCACAGGCUCGAGUACUUUCACCAGCUUCAUCCAAUGGAGCCACUGUAUGUCAAGCCCCAGUCCAGACAACAACUUCACAGCCAGUUCAAAUUCAGCCACAUACAUCAGUUCAGAUUCAGUCCCAAGUACAACCACCAUCACAGCCCCAGCUUCAACCUUCCAUGCAAACUCUCCCAACAACACAAACUUUGAAUCAAGUUACUGUAACUUCCCCAUCCCGUCCUCAGCUACAAAUCCAACAGCCACAGACACAAGUCAUUACUGUGCCUCAGCUACAACAACAAGUCCAGGUUCUCUCUCAAAUUCAGUCACAUGUUGUAGCUCAGAUACAGGCUCAGCAGGGUGUUGUUCCUGGGCAAAUCAAACUUCAGUUACCUAUUCAGAUUCAGCAAACCAGCCCUGUGCAGGCUCACCAGAUCCAGAAUGUGGUCACUGUGCAAGCUGCCAGUGUACAGGAGCAGUUGCAAAGGGUUCAACAACUCAGGGAACAACAACAAAAGAAGAAACAGCAGCAGAUAGAAAUUAAACGUGAACAUACCCUCCAAGCCUCUAAUCAGAGUGAAAUCAUCCAAAAACAGGUGGUGAUGAAACAUAAUGCUGUGAUAGAACACUUAAAACAAAAAAAGACUAUGACUCCAGCUGAAAGAGAAGAAAAUCAGAGAAUGAUAGUGUGUAACCAGGUGAUGAAGUUUAUUUUGGAUAAGAUAGAUAAAGAAGAAAAACAGGCAGCUAAGAAACGAAAACGGGAAGAGAGUGUGGAACAGAAGCGUAGCAAGCAAAAUGCUACCAAGCUAUCAGCUCUACUCUUCAAACAUAAAGAACAACUCAAAGCAGAAAUAUUGAAAAAGAGAGCACUACUGGACAAAGAUCUUCAAAUAGAGGUGCAGGAAGAGCUAAAGAAAGACCUCAAUAAGAUUAGGAAAGAAAAGGAGAAAGCACAGGCCGCAGCAGCUGCAGCUAUAUCUGCAGUAGCAACUCCACCACCCCCACCUCCACCACCAACACCCCCACCUCCACCACCACCACCACCUCCACCACAGCAUUCAGUCAAUGUCACAUCAACUCCAACAUUGUCAAUACCUUUAUCUUCCCAAAAAAGAAAAAGAGAUGAGGAGAAAGAGUCUUCAGCUUCCAAAUCCAAGAAAAAGAAAAUGAUUUCCACUACCUCAAAGGAAACUAAGAAGGACACAAAGCUUUACUGUAUCUGUAAAACGCCUUAUGAUGAGUCUAAGUUCUAUAUUGGCUGUGAUCUUUGUACUAACUGGUAUCAUGGAGAAUGUGUUGGCAUCACAGAAAAGGAGGCUAAGAAAAUGGAUGUGUACAUCUGUAAUGAUUGUAAACGGGCACAAGAGGGCAGCAGUGAGGAAUUGUACUGUAUCUGCAGAACACCUUAUGAUGAGUCACAAUUUUACAUUGGUUGCGACCGAUGUCAAAAUUGGUAUCAUGGGCGCUGUGUUGGUAUUUUGCAAAGUGAAGCAGAUCUCAUUGAUGAGUAUGUCUGUCCACAAUGCCAGUCAACUGAGGAUGCCAUGACAGUACUCAGUCCAUUGACAGAUAAAGAUUAUGAAGGAUUAAAACGAGUACUACGUUCCUUACAGGCUCACAAGAUGGCAUGGCCUUUCCUAGAGCCAGUGGAUCCUAAUGAUGCACCAGAUUAUUAUGGUGUUAUCAAGGAACCAAUGGAUCUUGCCACCAUGGAAGAAAGAAUACAGAAGCGUUAUUACAAAAAACUGACAGAAUUUGUGGCAGAUAUGACCAAAAUUUUUGAUAACUGUCGUUACUACAAUCCAAGUGACUCCCCUUUUUACCAAUGUGCAGAAGUUCUUGAAUCAUUCUUUGUACAGAAAUUAAAAGGAUUCAAGGCAAGCAGGUCUCAUAACAACAAACUGCAGUCUACAGCUUCUUAGAGUUCAGCGUGUUAACCUAAUGCAAAACACAGCAAGAAUCUGGUUAUCUGAAAAGUUUAAAUAAAAUUAAGAAGCCAGAUGUUUUUUAGUCAGGUUCUCCUGACAAGACUUGACCUAAACUUCGUUUUUAUUGGUCACAACAGUCAAAUUAUAUUCUUGGCCUAUUUUGUCCAGCGGACAAAGGAAAACAAAAUCACCACCAUUUUCUUGUCAAGAUCAAAUUGUUUUACUAUUGUGGCAGAAGCGAGAAAACUUUGUUUAUUGAAAGAGAGAAAAAGAAAACAAGAAUAAAGAUAAAUGGGGUCAAGUUUUAACUCCAUGGAAAUGCCACGUCUGCUCUUCAGUGAAGAAGCUGGUUUAAAGUCACACAGAAAACUUUGACUGUAUUUAUUUAUUGUUGCAAAAAAGACGCUUUUUUUAUUGCUGCCCUCAUUUGUCAGCUAAUUAUUUUUUCUUAAAAAAAAAAAUCCAGCCCCGGUUACAUGUAAUCCAUUCUGUAUCUUAUCAUGAUUCCUGUAGGUAAAAGUACAAGAGACCUCUAGAUGUCUUUUCUUUCUAUGAAAGGAGCUGCUAUGUACACAUGUGCACACACAAAUACACACACAUACAUAUACACAAAAAACUGGGAAUCAACAAUGAGUUUAUUGUUCAUGCUAGAUAAAAAUUAAGCUUGGAUAAGGUUGGGCUAAAUGGUCAUGGACUACAGACUCUGUUGCCUUGAAUAAAAACAAUACAAUAUGUCAUUUACUCUGCACCAGACUGAAAUGAGUAAAAUCUAUUUGAAGGUAUCUUGUUUGUAAACAUUUGUCAGAUUCUAAUUUUUUUCUUUUUGUAUUAAAAUUCAAAAUAUGGAUGUAUAUGAAACAAAAUAAAUGGAGAGAAUUUAUCUCCCACA